GGAAAAGAGCGGCAACCACGCGUUAACGAUGACUAAGGGCGGCGGGAGUAUGACGCACUUGAAGAAAUCAGAGCUCAUUGACAUCCUCAACAACGCGACCACUUCCAGGGGUAACGAACGCACAGGCAGGCAGGCAGGCAGGCAGGCGUGCUGUGACGUGCGGACGUGUGUGUCUGUGUGAGCAGAUAAGAACCGUGCGGUCAAGGCGCUGAAGAAGUUCACUCCGGUAGAGAAGAAGGAUUUCGACGACGAGUGCCAGCCGCACCUGUUCAAGCAGAAGAAAACCGAUGUUCUCCAGGCGUUCGUGUGCUUCCGGUGCGACAAGGUGCGCUCGCCUCAUCUCAUCCAGCCACACACACUCAACAGUCACUGCAUGCGCGAGGCACACGAUGAGAACGUAUGGUUUGGUUUGGUGGCUGCAGGUGAGGCAGACGUACAUGAAGGUCAUCUGGACCACUUCCAAAGGUAGGUGUGUCGAUGCAGGCGACGGUCACACAACAUCCACCCACUAUAUUUCUCUGUCUGUCUGUCUGUCUGUCUGUCUGUCUUGUCUGCGUGUGUGUGUGUGUGUGUGUGACUCAGGUGUCAAGACCAUCUGCCACACGUGUUUCAAGAACCUCGAGUCCAACUACGAGCUGGAUGGCCUCAGGAAGCAGACACGCAUCGCCGUCGGAUAAACACACACAGACCAGACCGAUGGCCGAUAAGCAAGCACGGGAGGGAG